AUGAUUCCUUCUAUACGAAGUUCUUCCACAAUAACUAUUCCAGCUUUAAUUGAUUCUUAUCCAAUUCAAGCAACACUAUUUGAACCAAAAUCGUCUUCUUCGAAUUCAAUAUGUGUUGUUAUUUCUGAAGCAACAGGUGCUCGUCGUCAAUUUUAUUUUCCAUUUGCGCAAUAUUUAAGUGAAGAACAUAAUUUACAUGUAGUUACAUAUGAUUAUCGUGGAAUACAUGAACGAAAACCAACUCAAUGGAAUCUUGUUGAACAUUGGGCUCGACGUGAUUGUGCUGGAGUUUUAUCAUAUUGUUUUUCAAAAUAUGAUCAAGUUGUUCAUAUUGGUCAUAGUCUUGGUGGAAAUAUGCAUGCACUUUUACCACCUCAUAUAAAUGAACAAAUUUCACGAAUACUUCUUGUUUCAGCAGCAAAUUCUUAUGUAAUGUAUCAUAAAUGGAAUUUAGAAUUUCUUCCAACAUUGUUUUCACUUUAUAUUAUUCGUGAACCACUUAUUUGGCUUUAUGGUUAUUAUCCAAUGCGUACUGUAUUUCGGACAGGUGUUGAUAUGCCAUCAAAUAUUAUUCGACAAUGGGCACGAUGGACAUUACAUCGUGAAUGUUUUAUUGAUGAUAAUGGAAAAUUAUUAACCAAAGGUUUCGAUUCAGUAAAAUGUCCAGUUUUAGCUAUAAAUUUUGAUGAUGAUGAAUUUUAUAAACGUCAAGCAUUUGAUAUAUUUACUAAACAUUUUCAUCAAUCAUCAAAUGUUCAAACGUGGCGUUUACCUAAAGGUGGUCAUUUUCAUUUUUUUAAAGAAAAAAAAUCAUUCGAACUUUGGAAAGAUAUAGUUCGAUUUUUAAAAUAUGGUGAUACAAAACUUCCUAAUGUAGUAAAUAAAUAG